UAUAUCAUAGAUUCACACAGAAAGUAGAUUCUAAUCUUCAUUAAAAACUGGUUUGCUUGCGAUGGUGGGUGGUAUCGAUGACGAGGAAUUUGAUCAAGCAGAAGUAGAUGUAACUGAAAUAAUGGAUAAUAAUCAGCAAAAUGGUGAUUUAGUUUCAACCGAAUUGAAUAACGAAGAGAGAGAUGUUAAUGCAGAGGUAGAUGAACAAAGAAAGAAAUAUCAACCAACCCAUUUAGAAUCCUUCUUUGCAAUAACAAAAUCAUUAAUAAUUAGAGCACUGAUUAUUUAUUUCAUCAGUUCUUUAUUUAGACGUCCACAAACGGAUAAUACACAGAUAACAAACAGUGGCAAUAAUGUUCCAAAAUUACAUGCAAUAAAUAUAUUUAAAAAUUGGACAUUAUUUGAUCUGCACGUUUAUUUAUCAGAAGAUGAAGAUUUUCAAAAAUUUGAUGACCCAAAUGCUUUGAUAUGGUUUGAACAAGGAUUGAUUUAUGGUGAUUGGUUUAGUGGUACAGAUAAUGAUGGUUCUAGAACACUCAGUACACAUUUUACUCCAUCUAAUAAAUUAUUAAAUAAUGGUACCAUUUAUCUUCACGUAUAUGUCACCAAAACUGGCAAAUCACCUAAUCCUAAAGCUGGCAAAAAUGCAUUUGCUGGUGAACAAAUGUCUUAUGGUAAAAAAAUGUUGGUUAAAUUUAAAAAAAUUCGAUACCAAAAGAAACACAAUUUGUUAACCGGUGAAACGACUGCUACGCAAGAACAAUUACAAAAAGCUGAGAUAAUGAAUCAAGAAUACAUUUCUCAUUGGCAUCCAAAUUUAACAAUUAAUUUGGUAACUGAUCAAACUAAUUGGAUGGCUGGACAAGUACCACAACCUUUGGAUGAACAUAUAAGUUUCCUACCAGGAGAAUCAUAUUAUAGACCAGUUAUAUUCAUGAAUGAUUUUUGGAAUAUGCAACGUGAUUAUCAACCAUUAAACAAUACUGUUAAAGAAUUAGAACUCAGAUUGGUAUAUCAACCACUUUCAUUAUUCAAAUGGCAAAUCUAUGUGGCACAAUCUAUGAGAAACAAAUGGACAUCGUUUAUGGGUGACAUGUCUGACGAGGAUGACACUGAUCAAGAUACUUUGAAAGAAACUUUAUUAGAAACGAAUAUUUAUUUACUUGGAUUGACUAUAGUUGUAUCAAUUUUACAUAGUGUAUUUGAAUUUUUAGCAUUUAAAAAUGAUAUUCAAUUUUGGAAUAAUCGUAAAUCUUUGGAAGGUUUAUCAGUACGUUCUGUCUUUUUCAAUGUAUUUCAAUCACUUGUUAUUCUACUAUACGUAUUAGAUAAUGAAACUAAUACAGUAGUACGAAUUAGUUGUGCUAUAGGUUUGUGCAUCGAAGUAUGGAAAAUUAACAAAGUCGUUGAUAUUACUGUCGACAGACAGUCGAAAAUGUUAAACGUCUUUCCAAAAAUAUCAUUUCACGAUAAAGGUUCAUACGUGGAAUCUUCCACUAAGGAAUAUGAUAGACUUGCAUUUAAAUAUCUAUCAUGGGCUCUUUAUCCACUAUUAGGUGGUUACGCUAUUUAUUCUUUAAUGUAUUUAGAACAUAAGGGAUGGUAUUCGUGGAUAUUGAACAUGUUAUACGGAUUUUUAUUAACAUUUGGAUUUAUCAUGAUGACACCGCAAUUAUUCAUUAAUUAUAAACUCAAAAGUGUAGCACAUCUUCCUUGGCGCAUGAUGUCAUAUAAAUUUCUUAAUACUUUUAUCGACGACAUAUUUGCAUUUGUUAUUAAAAUGCCAACGUUAUAUAGAAUUGGUUGCUUCCGGGAUGAUAUUGUUUUCUUCAUAUUUUUAUAUCAAAGAUGGAUAUAUAAGACUGAUCAUACGCGAGUUAACGAAUUUGGUUUUUCCGGUGAAAUGGAAGCACAAUUAGUUCAAGAUAAAAAACAACGUUCUGUCAAGGAUCGUACUAAAGAUGAAUUAUUAAGUAAAAAAGAUAAAUAAUGCUUGAUUUAAUUAUUAGUACGAAAAUAUGUUAUAUUAUAUAAGUUAAU